AUGUCAAUGAUGACACUUGCUUUGGAAUCAGGCAGAGGGCAGGAUCCUCUAAAUGUGACUCCAAAGCUGAUUUCUUUGGUUCUGAUAGCCAUGCUGGGGCUGCCCUUCUCCUCAGACUGGCUGCAGGAGCUGCACCAUGCCCCGGUGCAAGGAACAUCACCUGCGUGUCCUCUAUGCAGAUCAAAUCUUGUUUUCAUUCUUUGGAUCUCAGCAAUAUUCAUGUGCUCGGGUUACCCAGUUGUCCCUUCCCUGAGCAGUAAUCCUUUUUAUUCGAAUUGCCAGCUGUAUGGGAAAUCUGAUUACUGCCUCGUCCUGCUGAGUAACUGCUUAGCCAAGGCGGACAGGAGCGAAGAACGGGUUUUCCCGACGCCUCACCUGGAAUCACCUUUCAACAAGAGGUCCUUUCGCAACGGGGUUGGAUCAGGAAUUAAAAAAACUUCCUUUCGAAGAGCAAAGUCAUAA